CAAAACGACAGAUUGUCGACGAAACCUUGAUGAGCAUUUACGAUCUGGAAAAGAUGUUUGGCAAUCUUAGUUUACCUGGUGGUCGUUUCCGUGCCAAUGGAUGCUUAUUUGAAGAAAGAACAGCCAUCAUUAUUCCGUACCGGAACAGGAUGAAACAUCUUCUACAGUUUCUAAGCAAUGUCCUACCUAAACUACUGAGACAGAAAGUAGACUUUACCAUAUUUGUUAUUGAGCAGACAGAAAGUGCAGCUUUUAAUAGAGGGAUGAUGCGGAACAUUGGAUUCGUAGAAGCCGGAAAAAGUGGAAAAUUCGGGUGCUUUAUUUUCAAUGAUGUCGACACUAUUAUAGAAGACGACCGCAACAUAUACAAAUGUAGCCGGAGCAUGGUGAGACACAUGUUGUCUAGUACAGAUAAAGAUGGUUACUGGUUACCAUAUUAUGCUUGCAUGGGUGGAAUAGUUGCGUUCACUACGGAUCAGUUUCAGUAUAUCAAUGGCUACUCCAAUUUGUUUUUCAUGUGGGGUGCCGAGGAUGACGACCUUUACCGAAGAGUUGUGGAGGCGGGCUAUAAUAUAGAGAGACCACCAGAUCCGCUGGCAGCUGUCACCAAACUGAAACACACAGAAGAA